UGACUUUGUACCAGUAACCGCCAUGGCAGGAGUUAACCGUGCUCCUAGACUGUUCGAUUUAGACCCACGAAUACAGCGUCUCCUAACGCUGGAAAAGUUCAAAGGAGAUGCUAGCAGUACUGACUUUAUCGAGGAGAUCUCAGCGGGCUUGAUUGAACAAACGAAAGAAUACAGUGGCAAAGCCAUGGAUGUGAAGUCGUUCAUUCGAACGUUUGAAAAUGUGUUUGACCAGCUUGCAGAACUUCGAAUUCAAGUAAAGGAGCAAUGCGAAGACCUCGAAAAUGCUUGCUAUAAAGCCGAAACCCAGCACCGUAAAAACGUGAAUGAUCUCGCUAGUUCCUUUGACAAUGUGUAUCGUUCAUACGAUACCCUAGAAUCACGCGUCAAUGAAGUGGGCAAGACUGCUAUUAGGAUUGGAGAACAGUUGGAAACUUUGGAUAGGCAACGUUCACGUACAUCUGAGAGUCGAGAUAUAUUGGAUUACUAUAUGGACUUCGAAAAUGGAGGAUCAGCUAGACUGGAUGACCUGCGAUUUAAUGCCGGCGAAGAGGGCCAGCUCAAAGCAGCAGUCAUUCUCCGAAGAGUUAAUGCGAUCAUCAAGGAGGUUGACAUGGACAGCAAGACUCGCGGCACCAUAGAGAAAGUCUGCGAAGAGUUUGAAAGAGACAUGUUGGAAGAUUUCAAUAGGGCUGUUCAUGAUGGUGACCCAAGGGCCAUGGAGCAUAGCGCCAAGGUCUUGUUCGAAUUUAAUGGCGGCACAAGUUGUAUACAAACCUAUGUCAAUCAGCACGAAUUUUUCAUUUCCAAUAGGCGAAUGAUUGAGAUGAGCCAAAUCGACAUACUGGCAGAUUACCAACAAGACAUUUCAGAUCCUUUCAUAUCACCACCAGAAGUGGAUACAAGCCUUGUCAAGUUAUAUGAUGAAGUCCGUAUUACAGCAAGACGGGAAGCUGAAAUUAUCAUAGCAGUGUUUCCAAAUCCCGUGAUUGUCAUGCAGGUGUUCCUUCAACGAGUGUUCGCACAGUCUAUACAAAAUCUUGUCGAACAGCUGCUAGAGCAAGGCGAAAACAUUUCACAUCUCGCAUUCUUGCGAACUCUGGCAUCCACGCAUGCUGAGACGGUACGAUUGGUGGAAAGCUUAAAGUCAUUUUGCGAUAAUGAAAUGAAGCUGGCAUCGUCAAAGGAAUCUAGCCCAAACUGGAACUCAUCGCAAUCGCUCAGUGCCAGCAUAGACCGAUGCAUGGAAGAUCUGUUUGUUCCAUACACGGAAGGCGAUCGCUAUAUGAAGCGGGAACAACAGGCGCUAUAUGAAAUAUUUGGAUCUAUCAUUUCAAGCUUUCUUCGAACUAUGCAACUGCGAAAGAAAACCACAACCAAAGGGCAGUCCAAAUUAACGCGUGCUCUCAAUCAAAUUGCCAGCUCCACUUCCUCUUAUAACCUUGCCCCCGUUGGCUCCGCUGGCAGUAACAUCUCAUCUCAACGAGAUUCAUUUGAUACCACAGUAUUGAACGGAAAUUCAUCUGUAGAAUCCAGCAUUGCAGGCAGUAAGAACAAUGACGGCGGCAUGGGGUUGAUACCUAUGGACCAAAUCCUGAAGAUGCUUCAAGUUCAUGCUGAAAGCAUUACUCGUGGUGUAGAGCUAACAGAUCCGCAAGAGCUGCCCCAAAGAAUCUCUGCUCUAUUUGAGCUAUUGAUGGAUUUCAUCGGCUCUAAAUAUCUUGAUAUAGCCAUGGACACGUUGCACGAAGAAAUUGAUACCCGAGCGGAACCGGAACUGCGUAGUUUCGCAGUUGUGAAAACCGUCAAAGACAUUAUCCAUUUGUUACAGGAACACUUUGAGAUAUGCAUUUUACCCUUGAUCGCCACCUCCACUGCUGUUCAUAGACAGACUGUCGCUCGAAAGAAUGAGUUCAUGACUGAGCUGGAAAGCAAAGCGAACUCGAUACUUCAAAAAGAAGUCGAUGCUAUAACAAACUGGUUAUCAAGCUCGCUUUCAAAACAGAAGAGGAAUGACUUUAGGCCUAAGGAAGAAGAAGUGUUUUUGACCCUUACUACUCAGCCAUGCACACAAUGCGUAGACUUUGUAAAACGUGUACAAGCAGCCGUUGGUAACGCAUUUACCGGCAAGAACAGGGAAUCCAUAUUGACCGAGAUAGGAUCUGUCUUCCACUCAAUUCUUCUGGAACACUUUAAGAAAUUCCAUGUUUCUGCUGCCGGUGGCUUGCUGGUCACAAAGGAUAUUGCAAAGUAUCAAGAAGUCUUUAGUAGCUUUGGCGUCCCAGCACUUAACGAUCGAUUUGAAAUGUUGCGUCAGCUGGGUAAUAUCUUCGUGGUCAAACCAGAGAUUCUUCCCUCCAUAUUGAGCAAGGACUUUUUGGCCCGCAUUGACCCCAAAGCAUUACACCCGUACCUCCGAAUGCGUGAAGAUUUCAAGAGUGCUAAGAUCGAUCAUCUUUUGGGUAUGACUGAUAAUCCUACGCGACCAUCCGCUAUGACAAGUGAUGGGUCACGUAGCCAGCGUCUAUCGAUGUAUGUUAGCGACCACAAUGUAAUGAAACAAAUGAUGAAUUCACACUCUAAAGCAGACUUUCUCGCUGCUUUCAACAUGUGAAAUAAUCGAGCUUGCUCUAUAAGUAUUGAGCACUCGCUACCAGCAAUAAUAAUAAAACUCAGCGACAAUGUCCUUGUGAAAGUCAGUGUG